UGGUACGCGGUGGUGCCACUAAUUUGUUUCCAAGUUAUUGAGUGGCACCAACCGGACAGAGUCUUGAGACAAUUUGGGAUGCAGCAACCAGUUCCAGAGUCUCCUUCACAACCCCUAAACAUUCAUGGCAUAACAUUAAAGGGGAAACAUGACGAAAAUUGGGGACAAUUGUUCGCCCCAAUGAUUCAGCAGUGGAAUAAUCGCCAUGCAUUUAGGGUCGACGCUUAUCCCCGACAAGAAGGCCUAUUGAGUUUUAACUCGGACUACAUGGUCUGGUAUAGGCGAAAGACAAAGAUGUUUGUUGACCCAGAAAAUGCAAAGACGGCUACAUUGGGUGAAGUUGCGGAGGCAUUACAAUACAUGGUGUCUCCUCAAGGGAGGAAAACAUGCACAUUUGAUGAUCUCGUGCCUUAUGUGGAAAAAAUUACAAUUUUAUCCGAAGAGCAAGAGAGAGUCACUGAGCCAGUGUCACAUGGUCCCGCAUCAGAGCGUCAAUUUCCCGCACAACAGUUUCACAUGCUUCAGUCAAGUAUUGAAACUCAGGGGAUAGCCAGAAGAAGGGACACUGUUGAAGCGGAAGAAUAUUCCCAACAAAUGGCGGAGCGUGGCCAUGGAAUGUAUUACACGCCACAAACAUUUGCUGAGUAUCCGACACAGAUGUAUCAGUAUCCUUUUCAGGGUCAUGACACUGAUACUUCUGCAACCCAGCAAUCGUUCGGUGGUUUUGCGGAAACACAAGCUCAAUUUUCAUGGCCCACAAUGACCCCUUCACAACAAUAUCAUGGGCCAAUUCCAACACCUAAUGCCCCGUUAGGAACACAAUGGAAUGUACCGGGACAAAUACCUAAUACAGGUGACUUAUUCGGUGUUGAUUUGCGUAACGCAUUUUCUGCGGAGGCUGACGAAGAAGAAGCGGGGAGGCAUCGGGGCAGAAGAAAUCCUGAUCGCCAAGCACGAAGAUGGGAUCGACCAUGUGGCACAUCCUCACGGCAUCACGGACACCAAAAUGAAUGAUUUGCAUGUCUCCGUUGAUUAAGACUUUGUUGUAUAUUUGUAAUUUGACAUUCAUGGCGUAAUGUAUGAUAUUCAGUUUAU